AGAAAACCUAAAAUCAUCUGUGUUACCAUGGCGAAUAGGCGAGAGAAACGGGGCCGGCGAAAACGUCGUAGAAAGCCUAGCCACCGCAAAAUCAAACGAAUAAUCGACGGUGCAGAUUUCAUCAACUCUAUGCCAGAUGAGAUCCUUCACCAUAUUCUCUCCCUUAUUCCCACCGAUUUGGCCAUGAAAACUUCCGUCUUAUCCAGACGAUGGAGGCAUGUAUGGUGCGAGACACCUUGUCUCGACAUCAAUGUGUGUAGACUCAACGGCGGAACGGUGAACCAAACCCUACCUUCCUACACGGCUCCCAAAAUCACUAGUUUCAAACUUCUUACGAGCUUGGAUCACAACACUGCACCCGAGAUUGAUAGCUGGAUCGAGUUCCCUAUCUCCCGCAAUGUGCAAAAUCUGUCUGUGUUCGUUAGGGAUUUCAAAUACCGCAAGACUUACAGUUUCCCAGUUUCCUUUUAUCUCAGUUCCUCCUUAAAGCAACUCACCGUGACGUUAGACUUUUUUUAUAUGACUCCCACAUGCAAAGUGUCUUGGAAAUCCCUAAGGAACUUGGCACUGCGUCGUUGUAAACUUCCAGAUGGAUCCAUUGAUAAUAUUCUCUCUGGCUGUCCAAUUCUCGAAAGCUUGACAUUGGGUACAUGCAGAUUACUUGAGCGUCUUGAUCUGAGUAAAUCACCGAGUCUGAGGAGAUUGGAUAUAAAUCGGCAAUAUUGCGACACAGGACCAAUUGCGAUUGUAGCGCCACACAUCCAUUAUUUGAGACUGACAUACUCUAGUACACCAUCUACUUUACUGGAUGUAUCCUCUUUGAUCGAAGCUAACCUUAACAUUAUCAGUAGCCGACUCUGUCCCUUGACUGCUGAUCGUUAUCAAACUAUGGCACUAAAGAUGCUAGCAAACUCGCACAACGUAGAGAGGCUUACUGUUGGAGAAACCCUUCUUCAGAUUUUAUCGCUUGCCGAGCUCCGUGGUGUUCCUUUCCCAACACUCAAGGUCCAAACUUUGAUUGUUAAAACGGAGUUCGUUCGAUCUGUAAUCCCUGGUAUAUCAAGGCUACUACAGAAUUCACCUGGAUUAAAGAAGCUAACAUUACACACGAUGCAGCAAAGCCACGUCAUAAUGGAUAUGCAUCCUUUAAAAGGUUUCUAUCCGGAUCAAUGUUGGAGAUCAAAAUGUGAGAUGUUUCCUACCUCAAAGGAGAUCUAUGAGAUGUUGGGUUGUAAUGAUGCAACGUCGAAACUCGUGGCUUCGUUCUCCGAAUUGGUGUUGAGAAACGCAAAGACACUAGAGAUGAUGGUUGUAUGGUUGGGAGGUAGUUACUUCAAUGAUGAUGCACAAUGGUUCCAACAGCUGCUUCAGAUGGUUGCAACACUUUCUCACGACAAUAAUGUCUCCAUUUUGCUCAAACGAAGCAAUUGCUAAAAAUAUUUGCAUCAUUGCUAUAUUUAGUCUUAAUAUUUGUAUCUUUGGAUAUGAGUAAUAAGAACCAGAUGAUGCAAUAAGGUGUG